GGAAGAGGAGUGUUUGUAAACAUGGCAGAUUCUACAAGCGACUCUGGAUCUGUACACAGUUUACAAGCAGAAAAUCAGGCUUUAGAAAAGAAAUCAGACAGUAGUAAUAGAUUCUAUGCAUUAUACUCGUACUACCCUCAUCGGGUAGUAGUUGCUGAAGAAGAGUCCAAAGCAAUACCCAAUGAAGAUCAAACAGAUGGAAGUCUGAGUUUGAAUAUUGCUGCAACUAAUCUUAAUGCCAAUGCUGAAACAGACCUUCGGAAAUCUCUUUUUCACAAAUUAUUGAAAUAUACUUCAGGAGAUGCCCUCUUUUUCUCUGUGGGAUUACAGUUAGCUCCAGGUACAGCAGCAUCAGCAUCCUGUUUCUGCAGUUUGGUGGCUGCAGCGUCAGACAGCUUGGGCUUCGACCAUGUCGCAGCAGAUGACAGCACUGAUGUUCUGUCACUGAAGGAUCGCCAGCAGUUUGUUGUCUGCUUCAUAUCAUUUCAGGAUGGUUCCUUAGACAUCUUUAAAUCUGAAUUUGACAGUUAUAUCCAGGAUUUGGUGCCAUUGCUUGAUAAAGAACCUCUCCCGCUGCCCCACCCCCCUCCAAGCAACCCUGACAUCUCUAACAAUUCCUCUUCCCCUGCACCCUGUAGCCUUGCCAGUCAGGAGAAGCUGAGUCAGCUGAGUACAAGAAUCCACCGAUAUCUUGAGCAGUGGCCGGAGCUGGUGCUGGGAUAUGUAACAAGGACAGUGCAGUACUUUGGAAAUUAUCUCCAACACUUUUUACAUGCUGCCCUGUCUAAUGCAUCACUUCACAUUUGUGGGGCAACCCCUGAGGAAGAAGAAGAUGUCAAAAGGUUUUUUGGCUGCUGUAGUUUGUCAAAACUGUUUGAAAAACUUCAGCCGGAUAAUGUCUCAGUUAUAGAUAGCAAUGACAAUAACGACUUAUGGCAGUUGCAGCCCCUUGUUAUAACAAUAACAUUCCAGGAAGGCCGAGUGGUGUCAUUUGAUAAAUCAUACAGCUGUCAGUUCUGUGUCAAUGCAGCAGAAAAACUGAUGAAAAUGGAUCUGACAAAUGCAAGUCGUGUCAGAGAUUUCCUGGAACAAGUUAAGCUAACAUUUGUUCAAAGCCUGAAUAAGUUGAAGAGGUUUUUAAACCAAGCAGAACUUGAUUACUAUGCUCUGUACAGAUCCCUAUCCUUCCUGAAAAAAUGUGGCUGUGGUGACCUGCUGCUGAGAUAUGUCAAACUUGAUGGAGGACCAGAGGCUUUGAAUGUGUUGUCAGUACUGGAGACCUUCAUUGUGGACAUGAAACAGACUCUGCUUUGAAGAGCUCCACUACCAUUCAGUUAUUUCAUCUCUUUGUGUGGAUCUUUGAACUGAUCAGCAGGUCUAUUUAUAGCUUGUGCUGGACUACAGGUGUUUUUUGACUUUCAUUCCUGACUUAAUGGCAUCAUGUGACCACAUUUUUAGCUAAUUACCUCAUCAAGCUAGACAACCAUCUGUGGCCAGAUUUUUAGCUAAUUAGCUCAUUAAGCUAGACAACCAUCUGUGCACUAGAACUUUUAUGCUGCCAGAAUGUUUUAAUUAUUUUUUCUAGUAUGAUUAGGUUGCUUGUGUAAGUCACGUUUUAAACAAAGUAUAUAUCAUCUUGUGGUUUUAUUACUGCAUUAUGGAGGUAGAUCCUGUGAUGUCAUUGAUUAUUUAAAUUUAUAUAGGCUAUUGUAAAAUUUAGUUGGUGUGUUAAUUUUCAAACACAGUUUAAUCACAUUUACCUUAAUGCUUUUAUAUUCUGUGAUUUUUAUUUAUAAACUGAUGUCAUUUUCAGCUCCCUACCUUUCUUUUGAUGUUUAACCCAAAUAUAAUUGUAUAGACUUCAGAACAAGACAAAUACAAAGUUAGUGUUCAUAACUGUUUCAACUAUUGGUUGAGAUUUUAAAAAAUGUUUGUGUAAUAGCUAACAGGAAAGUCUUGCAUUGUUCCUGGACUGGGUUAAUCUACUCCUGUUAAUCUACUGUGCCCAAUCCCAGAGCCCACCCAUAACAUCUUAUUGCCCAUAUUUUUCUAUUGUUACAAACAUCUAGUACUAAUAAAUAUAACAGCUAUUUAUACACAUGAUUAACUUAAACGUUAAUACAUUGGUGUAUUUGGUAAAGCAAUCCAUUUUUAAAAUAAUAAACCUUAUCCUCACUUUAAAAAUUAUUCUGGCAAUCAAUGAUUCAGAUUAUGUGCCUUUUUAUGGACAAUUCUCGAUAUUUGUAAAUAUUAAAGCACUAUUUAACUAUAUUUUCAGCCUGCUAUUUUUAUAAACAUCUUCCAAAAAAACAGCCUUAACAAUUCAUGUUUGGCACUGAAGAUCUAAUGCAUUUGAUUACUUCUGGAACUUAUAUUUUUUUAUAUAAAUUCCUUAUUAAAGUGUAGAAAGAUUUUGUUUUGUUUUUGACACUGUUUGUCAUUUAGAAUCUAAAGCAGUUGACAUAAAAUUUUAUUUUACUCCAAUACUUUUUUAUUUUUACUUCAAUAUCAAUGUACAAGCUUUUUUUAUCACACUACAGUUAAAAGAAUUUUAGUAUGUAACUUAAAGAUAACUAACUGGAAAAAUAUUUGUAAAAUUUCUUUUAAUUUCUUAGUUGUUUUUUUUUACCUGUAAAUAUUAAAUAAGAACCAGUUUUAUCUAGACUCUAUGUUGUGUAGUUGUUGAUAAUUAUAGAAGCACAUGAAUCACAAUGCAUGUUUGUGUGAGUACCACUGCAGGAAUUAAACAGGGUGUUCAUCUCACUUUU